UUUAAUUAAUUUUUUCUCAUUGUUUUUAAUUUUAAAAAAUCUUCUUUAUGAGUUUAUGCCGGUUUAUGUCUUUAUAGUACACGGACUUCGUUUUCCCGAUGCUUUUAUACAUUUGACCAUGUAAAAAUUCCCAUGUUGCUUUAGUGUUUUGUUUGCCUGUUUCGUGAUUAUAAUCGAAAAAUGGAUAGUGAAUCCAGCUCCACUCCGAACUCUGCCGUGGCAGCGGAAGCCCCUUUGUUGCAGUCCUUCGAUAAAAUUCUGUCCAUUGUAAUGUCUUCUCCCUCCUCCACUCCGCAGGAUUCUGCGCCGAUACAUACACCUCUGCACAUAUCCAGUGAGGCCAUGCACGAGAUUGUGGCGGGCAUUGCAACGGGGAAACUGCUGUCAGAUCGGCAGGUGUGUCCUGCCAUGUUGGAGGCGCUGUGCCACUGUGUGGAGUACUGUUGUGGACCUGCUGAUGGUCCGCAUGCUCAGUACCAACAGGAUACGAUGCGUACGUUCCGCACCCUUAUACCAUUGCUAUCCACAUAUGCCCGGAUGCCCCAGCUGGGCCCAUGGAUUCAGCGAAUGUUGGUGGCGUUUUAUCGCAAAGAAGGUCUCGUUCCCAACAGUCAUUUGGACGAACUAAAGCGUUGCCGUCUUCAUCGCACCCGGCAUUUAUCCCCGGCGCUUCAGCAGAGCACCAUCGCUGCUCUCCACUCUCUCCGACCAUAUCGUCCCGAUCGGAAAGAUCUCCCCGAAUCUUUUCGCCAGGUGGGCAAAUUUCCAGAAUAUCGUGAUCAGUUUAAGCUGCCCGUUGCGGAUAACACACCGGAUCAGAAUUUUCCCCGAAUGAUAAUCGACGGCUACACUGGUCACCAUCCGCCGAUUGCGCUAGCCCAGCCCAAAAGUUUCCAUGUAUGGUGGAAGACGAUGAAUGCGCCGACCCAUCCGCGUCAACUAUUGACCGAUCCUGUUCUGCAGUACAGAUAUGUCAUUUCACCAUGGAGCAGAAAUGAGGAAACCCGCCUUUGUUCUACUGUUUACGAAUUGUUUUUGCCAUCGUUAUCGGAUGAUUAUGACAAUGACGACAUGGAAGUAGCCCCAUCUGCAGCGAAAGUUGAUGUGCAAUUUGCCGAGCGAGCGUUCGGAAUUUGUCGCAGUUUUGAGGAGAACGUUUUGGAACCUCUCCCGGGUGUUACUCAGCGUGCAUAUGAUUUUCUUCGUGAUCCGGCUUCAUCCGUUAAAUUGCGUUUUGCAUCACUUCACAACGUAUCUCUGCUGUUGCUCGCCUAUGACGACUCUUUUGUAGAAGAUGUGUAUGAUAUUUUCCUGACUACAUUCUGUGCUAGCGAAAGUUUGAACGAGAAAUUGUCCGUUCUUGACUGCUUACACCGAAUGAUCUUCGACUUUGAGGGCUAUUUGCCGCGUUUAUGGGAGUUAGAGAUUCAAUGUAACGAUGACGAGAAGAAACGAAGAUGUGCCGCCACAGAAAUGUUCGUGCAGCUUUAUGUAGCGUCAUCGGCUGCGGAUGUCAACGUCGAAAAAACCCUGACCCGGUUUGUUACGUUUGUGGAUGAAGUUGUCCGCGAGGCUUUGGUGUUGCCUGUGAGUCGACGUGAUUGCAUGAGACUGUGGGGAUCGAUUUUACGUAUUUGGAAAGUGUUUGCCAGUAUCAGCACAUCCCCGAGCAAGCCUCAGGAUAACCAUCUUGUCCUGCUUCCAAACCUUCAGGCUCUAGCAGCUGGCCUUAACAACAUUAGGCCAUUUGUCUCGCGCACUGUGAAAGAACUUAUUGAAAAGAAUUUUUAUAGGUAUUUGAUCCAUUUUGCCAACGUGAAAACUACUCGGUUAUCAGAAGUCAAACGCUUGUACAAGAAACGAAAGAGCAAGGAUGAAUUAAGAUCUGCAGAUCCUGCUACGGGAAAUGAAGCGCUUUAGUUGCAAAAACAUACUAUGGUUAAACCGGAACAUUGGCAAUCGGAUAUCAAAGAAAUUAUUCCGGUUUGUUCAUAAGUCACAUGGAGAGCUGAACUGGCUGUCGGCUGAAUCAAAUCGGUCGCAUAUGUGAUUGCCGUUUCUAAAGUGGUUUUUUCGUCAGGUUUUGGUCAGUGGUUCCUAUAAUGUCCAGACGUCAAACUUGGCAAAUUCUGAUUAUCCUCUGCAGUAUAUAGCUGCUCGACUUUGUGUGCAUACCUUUUGCAUGUCAUUUUUGCGUUUGGCAGGAAGUAAUUCUUCUGCGAGUUCAUUUAAUCCUUUUUCAAGUUGCUUGAACUGUAACGUAAACGGUUUAUGUAAUGCCUGCCGAAAUAAAAAUUUUG